AACGUAAUAGAAUAGAAUAGAAUCUGGUUUCAGUGGCUUUACAGAUUUUGUGAAAUACAGAUUUGGUGCAUAGAUUCUUCUGAGCUGACAGGAAAUAAAUUGUUUUUGUUCAGAGAGUCGAGCUGCCUCAGUGCUCCUGUCUACAAGUGGUGAUUAUAUUAUCUAUCUGUGGCCCUUUUGUCGGGGGGCACAAAGAGCCCAAGCCCCGCCCCCUCUGCUGAGCCGGGGCUUUCAGCAUGGCCCCCUGCCAGGGGAGGCUUUAAAAGGGUGGGGGCGCGACGCUCCUCUCACUCUCACGGCAGGACACCCCAAGGGCAUCAAAGCAAGACAAGAUGACUCACCAUUGCACCAAGUUCUCCGGCCACUGGAAGAUCAUUGUCUUCGACGAGGAGUGCUUCCAGGGCCGCCGCCAUGAGUUCACCUCCGAGUGCUGCAACGUGAUGGAGUUCGGCUUCGAGACCGUUCGCUCCCUGAGAGUGGAGAGCGGAGCCUGGGUCGGUUACGAGCACGCCUCCUACCAGGGGCAGCAGUUUGUCCUGGAGAGGGGAGAGUACCCUCAGUGUGACGCCUUCGGAGGCAGCAACGCCUACCACAUCGAGAGGAUGACCUCCUUCAGACCUAUCGCCUGUGCUAACCACAGAGAGUGUCGUAUGACCAUCUAUGAGCGUGAGAACUUCCUGGGCCGUAAGGGCGAGCUUAGUGACGACUAUCCCUCCCUGCAGGCCAUGGGCUGGUGCAACAAUGAAGUUGGCUCUCUCAGGAUCCAGUCUGGAGCCUUUGUGUGCUACCAGUACCCUGGUUACCGUGGAUACCAGUAUAUCAUGGAGUGUGAUCGUCACUGUGGGGAGUUCAAACACUUCAGGGAGUUUGGCUCCCACUGCCAGACCCCUCAGAUCCAGUCCAUCCGCCGCAUUCAGCAGUAACAACUCUACUCCGGACCCUCUCUCUCCCCUGUGACCCUUCACCUUUGACCCCUGCUGAAUAAACUGUCUUUCUUAAACCUUACUGACUUCCAACCGACGUUUCUGCUUAUCUCACCUCGAUGAAUGGAAAUAAAGAGUCACAUUUUAUUCUGAAUGAUGAGCGGUUUACAUGAUGCUGUACAGAGGGUUUUAACAAUAAAGACUGA